GAGAAGGGAUCGGCUAUCGUUAGCCCUGCCUAUCAACCGACAUGCAACACCUCACAUCUCGUAAAUACAUGUUCUUCCUUGUAGAAACAAUAUAACCGAGCCGCUCUCCGGUGAGAUUCAGUAGUUUGCAGAGGGCCCGUUUGCAGUGAUCGCGAUGGGGAAAAUAGAGUGGGCGAUGUGGGCCAAUGAGCAGGCUCUGGCUUCGGGUCUCAUUCUCCUCACUGGAGGCAUUGUGGGGGUGGCAGGACAGUUCAGAGGCUGGCAGUUUGCUGCUUAUGCUAUCGCUGCUGGAGCAUUUGUGUGUCUACUUGAGUAUCCACGAAGCAAGAGGACCAAGGGUACAAGUGUGGAGAGAACGGGCCAGUACUGCUUCACUGUAUGUGUGAAAUCCUUUGGGCCAUUAACAAGGAACUACUAUGUCAGAGCAUUUUUACAUGCCGCACUCAGUGUACCUGCAGGUUUUCUGCUUGCUACUGUCCUCGGGUGUGUGUGCCUGGGCAUUGCCAGCCUUAUCUACCUUGCAGCAGCUAUCCGAGGUGAGCACUGGGAGCCCAUUCUUCCAAAGAAGGAGAUGGUCAGAAAGCCAGAUGACAGCAUGAAGAAUCCACCUCAGAAUCCACCCCCAAGACCUCCUCCUGAGACGCGCAGAAAACGGGUCGACGACCUGGAGGGAGCAGCCUAUGACAACCCCAUCCCUGUUGGCGAGUAACCAGCCCAUUGCGCCACCCUCUGUACUCCUGUUCCUUACUGCUUGAGACAUUGGUACAAAACCAGUCAUAUGUCACCAGUUUCACGGUUUAUGGACAAAUAACGUUUUCUGAAGUUAAGAAAAAGCUUGUGACUUCACUACAUGUUGGGUCUACUUCUUCUUCCCUCAACCUGCAGAUAAAUAGCGUAUAAACAGAGAAAAAGGUUUAUUAGCAAUAAUUUAGAAUUCUAUGAAGGAUGGGUAAAAUGAAUGUUACUUUUGAACAAAUAAAAACAUGCACCAGAAGUUAAAUGUAAAUGUUAUCGCUGCUCAGUGCAAAGAGAUUACAAAAGUUGUCAAGUCAGAAGACUGUAGGUAACUUAGAUUUUUUGCCGGCUAUUUUUUAAGAUGUGCUGUUUUCUCUGCCAACCAUUGUCCAGUAUAUUCUGCAAUGCCAUGCAUAGACAACACAUUGUAUUAUUAAUAACUUUUUCUAUAUGUGUGUUUGUGUAUUUAAUGAGGUCAAUUGAUCACAAUACUGUAAGACUAUGCAUCGGUAUUUUCUACAAAUAAAUAGACAAUUAGGUCUUGGUUGUGUCACAUUGAUAUUAGUCAUUUAUUAUUAUUGUUAUUAUUUUGUCUGUACUUUGAUGUAUUGUAAAUAAAUCCAUUGUGACCCCGAA